AUUAUUCUGAAUUGUAAAAGUGUUUGAACUUUUUUUCACUGUGCAAAUUCUACUGCGAAUUUUUUUUCAAUUUUGUGUAUUUUACUUCGUGUGUUUAUCGUCAUUUACUCAACAACAACAACAACAACAUCGUUCGAAAAUGCCGGAAGAAAAUCAACAACAACAACAAGAAAUUGAAACCUUCGCCUUUCAGGCUGAAAUUGCUCAAUUAAUGAGCCUAAUUAUCAAUACAUUCUAUUCGAAUAAAGAAAUAUUUCUUCGUGAAUUGAUAUCAAAUUCAUCUGAUGCAUUGGAUAAAAUUCGUUAUGAAUCAUUAAUUGAUCCAUCGAAAAUUGCAAAUUGUAAAGAUUUUUAUAUUAAAAUUAUACCGAAUAAAGAUGAACGAACAUUGACUAUUAUUGAUACGGGUAUUGGUAUGACAAAAGCUGAUUUAAUCAAUAAUCUUGGUACGAUUGCUAAAUCCGGUACAAAAGCUUUUAUGGAAGCUCUUCAAGCUGGUGCCGAUAUUUCAAUGAUUGGUCAAUUUGGUGUUGGUUUUUAUUCAGCUUAUUUAGUUGCCGAUAAAGUUACUGUACAUUCAAAACAUAAUGAUGAUGAACAAUGGGUAUGGGAAUCAUCAGCUGGUGGUUCAUUUACAAUUUGUCCUGAUCAUAGUGAACCAUUGGGUCGUGGAACAAAAAUUGUCCUAUAUAUGAAAGAAGAUCAAAUUGAAUAUUGCGAAGAACGUCGGAUUAAAGAAAUUGUUAAAAAACAUUCACAAUUUAUUGGCUAUCCAAUAAAAUUGGUUGUUAAUAAAGAACGUGAAAAAGAAAUAUCCGAUGAUGAAGAUGAUGAAGAAAUGAAAGAUGCUGAAAAAGAAGAGAAAAAAGAUGAAUCGAAAAAAGAUGAUGAUACUGGUGAUGAACCAAAAAUUGAAGAUGUAACCGAUGAUAAAGAUGAUCAAGAAAAACAGAAAAAGAAAAAGAAAAAAAUCAAAGAAAAAUAUACCGAUGAAGAAGAAUUGAAUAAAACAAAACCAAUUUGGAUGCGUAAUCCGGAAGAAAUUACUCAAGAAGAAUAUGCUGAAUUUUAUAAAAGUUUAACAAAUGAUUGGGAUGAUCAUUUGGCUGUAAAACAUUUUUCCGUUGAAGGACAAUUAGAAUUUCGUGCCCUAUUGUUUGUACCGAAACGUGCACCAUUUGAUUUGUUUGAAAAUAAAAAACAAAAAAAUAAUAUUAAACUUUAUGUCAGACGUGUAUUUAUAAUGGAAAAUUGUGAAGAAUUAAUACCGGAAUAUUUGAAUUUUAUGAAAGGUGUUGUCGAUAGUGAAGAUUUACCAUUGAAUAUUUCACGUGAAAUGUUACAACAGAAUAAAAUUCUUAAAGUAAUUCGGAAAAAUUUGGUAAAAAAAUGCCUCGAAUUAUUUGAAGAAUUAGCCGAAGAUAAAGAAACAUAUAAAAAAUUUUAUGAACAAUUUUCCAAAAAUCUUAAACUUGGCAUACAUGAAGAUCAUACUAAUCGUAAAAAAUUGGCCGAUUUAUUACGUUUUCAUACAUCAUCAUCAGGUGAUGAUAUGUGUUCGUUGAAAGAUUAUGUAACCCGAAUGAAGGAAAAUCAAAAACAUAUUUAUUUUAUUACUGGUGAAUCACGAGAAAUUGUUGCCAAUUCAGCAUUUGUUGAACGUGUACGUAAACGUGGUUAUGAAGUUAUCUAUAUGGUUGAACCAAUUGAUGAAUAUUGUGUACAACAAUUAAAAGAAUAUGAUGGUAAACAAUUGAUAUCGGUUACGAAAGAAGGUUUAGAAUUACCCGAAGAUGAAGAUGAAAAGAAACGUUUUGAAGAAGCAAAGAAAAAAUUUGAAGAUCUUUGUAAAAUAAUGAAAGAUAUUUUGGAUAAAAAAGUUGAAAAAGUAUUAGUUUCAAAUCGUUUAGUUAGUUCACCAUGUUGUAUUGUUACAAGUCAAUACGGAUGGAGUGCUAAUAUGGAACGUAUUAUGAAAGCACAAGCAUUACGUGAUUCAUCAACAAUGGGCUAUAUGGCUGCUAAAAAGAAUCUGGAAAUUAAUCCUGAUCAUCCGGUUAUUGAAACAUUACGACAAAAAGCUGAUGCAGAUAAAAAUGAUAAAUCAGUUAAAGAUUUAGUCAUUCUUUUGUAUGAAACAUCAUUAUUAUGUUCGGGUUUCAGUUUAGAAGAUCCACAAACACAUGCAUCAAGAAUUUAUCGUAUGAUUAAACUUGGUUUAGGUAUCGAUGAUGAUGAUGAAAUGUCUAUCGAUUCUAUUGAUCAAGCUACAACUAACGUUGAUGAUAAAAAUAUUGUACCGGAUGAUAAUGCAACUGCUGCUGCUGAUACUUCACGAAUGGAAGAAGUUGAUUAAAUUCUUUGAUUUUCAUCAUCAUCAUCAUCAAAAUAUGGUCUAUCCAAAGAAACAAACAACAUUGAUCUUCAUCAUUAUCAUUUAGAAGUGAGAAUUUUAGAUAGCCAUCGUCUUACACUA